GUUCCUAAUGAUUUGUUUGUUUUGAAUUGCAUACGUGAAAGUGGUGUUGAGUAUUUUGUAUUGUGAUUGCUAAGAAAGUGUUGAUAUUGAAAUGUACCUUGCAAAUACUUUUCAUAGUGUGGUCAAGAAAGGUUCUGAACGUUGUUUGUUUAAAGCCGUGCGGCAAUUUAGUACCGAAGCUGUAGAAGAUUCGGUAAUUCGACAAGCGGGUAUUAUUGACGACUCUGAUGACAGCUCAAAUUAUGAGGAAUACAUCGAAAUGAAGAGAAAUAAAUCACGUCUGUUACCACAGCAUCACAAUAUAUUACACAAUAAAGUACCAUAUUCCAGCAGUAAGGGUUGGUUUCAUGAUACAAUUAAGUAUAAACGUAGGCUUUAUGGGCGUUAUGGUAGUAUUAGUGCUGUCCACCCAGGCGUAAUGUGGCCAACUAAGAAUGAUUUAGAUGACAUUCGUGAAUAUGAAUCUGUCGCAUACCCACAUACUCUUGAAGAGAUGAUUGAGAAAAGUAUCGCUGAAAAAAAGUUGAGGGAAUCAACUAUUAGGGAAAGAGAGGAGGCUAUUUCCAAGAAGAUGGAAUCUUUGGAAAAGUGGAAGGAAGAACUUAAAGCUAGAGUUUUAAAGAAAGAAGAAGCUAUGCUUGCUGCAAAGGCGAGAAAGGAUCGACUAAUGGAAGAAGUCCGUAGGCAUUUUGGCUUUAAAGUGGAUCCCCGUGAUGAUCGUUUUAAGGAAAUGUUGGAGAAAAAGGAAAGAGAAGAAAAGAAAUUGGCAAAAGAAGCAAAACGCAAAGCCAAAGAAGCAAAAGCAAUGGCGAAGUUAACUGAAGCAGUGGCAAAAGCAUCUAUAGAGUCAAAAGACUGAAAAUAGUGUAAUAGUGGAAAAAUAUGUCGUGUGUAACAGGAACUGUUCUAUCUGGAAAAUUGUAGAGAUUAAAGUGGUGCCUUGUGCUGUUGUGCUCCUUUAACUAUGUCUAGAGAAAAACUCUGAUCCCCAUACUGAAAAUUAUACUAAAGAAUUCAGCUACGUCUUUUUCAAUAGCCUGUACAUUCAUCUGUUAUAUUGAAACUUCCUGGCAGAUUAAAACUGUGUGGCGGACUGAGACUCGAACUCGGGACCUUUGCCUUUUGCGGGCAAUUGCUCUACCAACUGAGCUACCGAAGCACGACUCACUCCCCGUCCUCACAGCUUUACUUCUGCCAGUAUCUCAUCUCCUACCUUCCAAACUCUACAGAAGCUCUCCUGCGAACCUUGCAGCAUUAGCACUCCUGAAAGAAAGGAUAUUGCGGGGACAUGGCUUAACCACAGCCUAGGGGAUGUUCCCAGAAUGAGAUUUUUCACUCUGCAGCGGAGUAUGCGCUUAUAUGAAACUUCCUGGCAGAUUAAAACUGUAUGCUGGACCAAGAUUCGAACUCGGGACCUUUGCCUUUCGUGGGCAAGUGCUCUACCAACUGAGCUACCCAAGCACGACUCAUGCCCUUUCCUCACAGCUUUACUUCUGCCAGUAUCUCAUCUUCUGCCUUCCAAACUUUACAGAAACUCUCCUGCGAACCUUGCAGAACUAGCACUCCUGAAAGAAAUGAUAUUGUGGAGAAUCUGUUAUAUUGUUUAUUAGCUGUUGAACAUGCCUGAGAUUUUAAUCUUCAGUACCUCACACAUAACAUGUCUCCAUUGUGGCUUAAUUUACAUGGAAGGUAAUGGGAAUACUUUUCCUCACAUACUUAUUUGAAGUCAUAUGUCUUUCAGCAGCACAACUAGAGAUUGUUAUUGCAGUACACAUUGCUUUCACAAAUGCAACUUUGGGGCAGUUAAUAUAAUAUACAUUGCUUCAUGUAAAGCAUCUUUGCAUCACUAAAAUGUGGAUAUCAUUUAAUCCAUUUCUGUGGAUUCAUUUAUGAUAUAGCAACUUUCAUGUAAUAAACUACCUGUUACUGCAGCUGUACUAGCAUAUCAGUGAUUUUGUUACAAUGAGUGAAGGUGAGUAAGUAAGCUAUUGUACAUGCAAUAACAUCAGCUGCACUCACCUUUCUGCCUGUUUGAGUAAGCUUAGCUUGCAAUAUGUGGCCUCAAUGCACAUUGCAGCCAAGCGGUGCAUGUGGGGAGCAUCAUGGGCAGGAGCACGUGUUGAUGCAUUUUUUCAGUGGUAUAUGUUCUUCCUCAGGGUUAAAGUUAUCUCCAUACCAAAUUUUAUUGAAAUUGAUUCAGAAGUUUGGUCAUUAAAAUGUAACAGGCAGAAUUUCUGUUGCACUUAUAUUAUUAUCAUAGGAGAGAAGUGAAGAUUGAACAUGUUUAGGAACAUAUAAGCUUGUAUCAUCUUAUUUAGAACAUAUCAACAGUAACAGUAUUUUCAAAAAAUGAUAAAAUUCAAAAUUCAAAGAGUUAAUAGCUUUUCCAAAGAGUAAAUAUUUUUCCCUAAUUCACAUAAUUGUGUUCAAAUCAAUAAAUAUCUUGUAGUACACACUUUCUGGUAACAAUCUACGUUCUUUCUCGGUGUUCAAAGCUAUCUCCAUAUCAGAUUUCGUCAAAAUCAGUUCAGUGGUUUAUUCGUGAUAAGGUAACAGACAGACUGACUUUCUCAUUUAUAAUAUUAGUAUGGAUUCUGUAAAUGUAUCUGUAUUUCUUGGUGUACCUACCUUUGCUUAUGGCAGAUAAUAAAUGUGCCGUUUGGGGACUGCAAUGAUAAUUUAACCCUAGCACCACGAAGGGGAUCAAAAAUUGCCCACACUAUUUGUUUUAUUUGUGUAAUAUAUCUAUUUGUUGGAGUGAAGAAGCAAGAAUUUAGGAAGUUGUAGAAAAAUAUCUAGAGUAUGUGCUGUCAUGGUGAGACAACUUUUCUCAUUAAAAUAUUUCUCAAUAUGGCUGAAAGAAAUGCAGUUUCUGACUGUUGGUGCCACUGUAUUGUGUUGCCAUUGUUGUUUUGAAAUAAAUCUCCUUUGUUGUUCGA